AUGCCCCCGAAUUCCCGCACCGAAGUCCCACGACCUUCACAAUACGGAAUUAAAGAUUUCGAAGAGCUGGUCAUCCCGACAAACGAUGGCGAAAAGCUCUCGGCCUUUUACAUUCGGGGCCCUCGCGGCGGCAACAACUCGAAUGUCACCAUCCUGAUGUUCCACGGCAACGCCGGCAAUAUCGGUCACCGCCUGCCCAUUGCCCGCAUGCUUAUUAACUUUAUCGGCUGCAAUGUUUUCAUGCUCGAGUACCGCGGCUACGGCCUCUCCACCGGCGAGCCUGACGAGUCCGGCCUUUUCCUCGACGCGCAAACGGCGCUUGACUACCUCCGCGCCCGCGCAGAGACGAGCAGCCAUAAGCUGGUUGUCUACGGCCAGAGCUUGGGCGGGGCCGUCGCCAUCAAGCUUGUCGCCAAGAACCAAAAAGAUGGCGAUAUUGCGGGUUUGAUCUUGGAGAACACCUUCCUCUCCAUGCGCAAGCUUAUCCCAUCCGUUCUUCCUCCGGCCAAGUACUUGACCCUUUUGUGUCACCAAGUAUGGCCGAGCGAGUCGGUGAUUCCCAACAUCACCUCGGUGCCCAUGCUUUUUCUCUCUGGCCUGCAGGAUGAGAUCGUACCACCUCGUCACAUGCGCCAGCUUUACGAGCUGUCCCAGGCACCCUCCAAAAUCUGGAAACCCCUGCCAGCGGGCGACCACAACUCUAGCGUCCUCGAGGAGGGUUACUUUGAAGCGAUAGCCGACUUCUUGGCGAAUGUAACCGGCGGGGCCAGCAAGGAAGAGAAGCAGCGCUUGUAG